AACACCACAGGUGGCAGCAUCUUCCGCACGCUCCCAACUUCCGACAGCACGCUCUAACCAAAGCUUGAUUGCAGCAACCUCGUCCCGCAGCGGCCGAGUUACCUCCUCGAUGCGGUCCGCAACAAGUUGGAGGAGCUCCAUGCGCAGUGAAGCAAACUGGGCCUGCAAGUCGGAGUCCCGAAUGGCAUUGACAGAGGCAUCCCCACCAACUCCAGGAGGGGAAGAUGGUGGCACCGAAGCGCAUGGCGACGAAUGGCGCACAACCUCGGCCCAGCUCCGAGCCUGGGUAGGCCGAGGAGAACCAUCAGAAGGAGAGCAUCUUCGCGGGGAAGGAGAACGGCCGACUGGAGAGCGGCGGCGGCAGUUGCGCUCCCGGUGACCCGGACGGCGGCAGCGAAUGCAGCGGAAGGGUUCCCGACAGGUGCCGACAUGGUGGCCACGCUCAAGGCAGCGGAAACAUCGCCCGCGAGCCCACCUCUUGAAGGCAAGGCUCCGCUCCAGAGCUUCCCUCGACGGAGAUGGCGACGUCAAGGCUCGGCCAGAGCGACGACCUGCACCCACUUGCUGCCAGCCCUCCUCUUCACACGGGCGCGCGAGAGCAGCAGGGGGCGAAGCGCAGGGGGGCUCCGGCAGCUGCGUGUUCACCGCAGGAGCAGGGGGGCAUCGAGAGCUGAGGAGCAGCCUCUGCGCGGAGGAGAAGACCGUCGGCCUGAACGGGGAGGGCGGAAGGGCGCCUGGCGGCGGCGGCGGAAGAAGAGGAGCAGGGGACGCGGCAGCCAUAGCGCCAGGCCUCGAGGACAGCGACCGUCGCGAGGCCCAGCCUGGCGGGGGAGGCGAAGGAGGCCGAGCGACGAGGGCGGAGCGGCGGCCUCGUCGAGCCCGGCUGAAGAGGCUCCGGCUGGACCGGCACCGGCAAGAAGGAGCACGGCUCCGGCUGCACCGGCAACAGCAGCGCAGGCCAGCUGGAGGGACGGAGAGAGAGCGGAGCGGGGAGUCGCGAUCUGGAAGGCGCAGAGGCAGGGGAGGCUCACCGGGGGAGAUCAGGGCGGCGGCGGCGCGCACGCGCCCGUCGCCUCCAUGGUCGCGAGAGGCAGUCAAACCUGCUGGGCCAUUAGUUUGCAUUAACCUUGUCUUUCUUUCGAUUAUAUGUACGAACCAUUCAAUGCCAAUGAUGUGCGAUUGUUCUGUAUCCCGUCUGUUGUUUGCAGGCUGGAACAAAGGCGAGGCCAAUAACCGUUUUCUCAAGCGUCCACACGUUGGCGUUGACCCUGCAUUUCGGAGUUCGCGGUUCAGUCGAGAUGCUUCCUAGCUUCCUCAGAUGCUUUCCUAACGUCGAGACCCUCUGCAUCGGGCUCAACUGUGUAAUGCCUUAAUUUACAGUCUGAGGAGGAAACUCGUAAACCCACCACCGCCAACAUCAGUCCCAAGAUUUGGCGCAGCAUCAGUCCCAAGAUUUGGCGCAACAUCAGUCCCAUUGAGUGUGUCCAGUCACACCUAAAGACUAUAGUUCUCCGUGAGUACCGUGGGCACUCAACUGAGUAUGAUUUCCUCAAGUAUAUCGCCGAGCAUGCACUGGAGAAGAUGGUCAUCGUGUUGCAAAAGGGCUUAAGCAACACUGAGAUGGAAGAGGUGAUUGCCAAACUGACGCCUCUAAACUCUGCUAGGGCAAGCAAAGACAACAAGCUGUUGUUCCCAAUUCAUAAAUGGGAUGGAGGAGCCACUUGGACCUUGCAAGCAGGUCUCCUAGAAGGGUCUGUUUCUCCAAUCGAUGAUCCCUUCUUCUGUCAGGUCUCGUAGAGGGGUCUGUUUUUCUGAGUAAUCCGUUCUUCUGUCUCUGAAGUGAAUGCGUGCUUGCCUGUUUCAGCAUGCAAUAUUUCCCCGGAAGGGUUUAUUAGGCAAUAGGCACUGUUUGGUUGCUGAAAUGUGUUUCCUGAAGAUUUGGAGUGUCUGCUUCUACUAGCAAUAGGAGCUUUAUUUUCUGAAUUUAUAUGUACUGGUCCUUUAAGGGUGUUCCUACUCUUGUUGCUAUCAGUUCGAUAAACCUUUUCUGCCUUCAAACUCGAUCUACAAGUGCAUAUAUAUC